CCUCUGCCGAAUUCUGCAGAAAAAAAUUCCCAUGGACGAUUUGCAACUUGUGAAUGAAGCUGGUAAAGCGAUGGACCGAUCUGAGAUUUCUGGAGAGACAUCCGGAAUGGAGGACGGUCCAAGAACGGAGGGCUGCUCCGUUCAAGACAGAAGGCCCUGCGAUAAAACGGGGGAUCUCGAACUCGGAAAUCCAGAAAAGGAGACUUCAGCAUCUUUGCAUCCUGUGGCUGUGACAGUGUUGCCCCCGGCGCCUCUCCAGUUCCGACUCUCCGUCAGUGACAUGACCUGCCUCAUCUGUUUCCACCCAUUCAGCCUCGACCGGCUGCCCAAACUCCUGGCUUGCCAGCAUGCCUUCUGCACGGCGUGCCUAAAGAUGAUCUUGCGGCAAGACGAUCGCACCUGGAUCAUCAGCUGUCCCUUAUGCCGAAAAUCCACGGUGGUGUUCGGGGGUCUCAUCUGUAGCCUCCCGAACCUACAGCAGGUCGUGGAGCAGUUGGGACCCCCGGAUCCAGAUGCAGGGAUCGCUGGCACUCCGGGCACUGCCGGGGUGCAGCAUCCUUCCCCUGAAAUGCAAUCUUGGGACUCGGGCGAGAUCAACGAGGCCGCUCUCAAGAGACUCUUCCUACUGCUUCUGCUGGUUUCUAUGCUGAUUGUCUUCGUCCUCCCGUUCACCAACGCCGGAUUGCUGACGUGGUUCCUCAGCUUCAUGGUGGUUUUGGGCGGCAUAGUCUGCGCUGUGCUUUGCUGGGACUCCAGUUGGAGCUGCCCAAGUUUUCCGUUGCCCCUCUGGACAAAGAAGGUCAAUCAAGGGGCCUGAGAAUGACCUUCUUUGGCUUCUUC